GAGGUGCUCGCCCGCUCAGUCGGCGCAGCGCCGCUGGAGGUGCGGGUCCGCGCUCUGCGCCGGCCGCCUCACGUUCGGCUUUUUCUUCUACGCGCGUGUGUGCGGGAGGCCGGCGGGGGGCCCGUCCCGCCCGGGGUCAGCGUCUCCCGGGGCGCCUCUCUUCCUCCUUCCCUCUCCCCAGCAGAGGGAUUUUUUCCGCGCCCCUUGUCCGGUGUGGGGGGGCGUCCCCCCCCCCCAACCCCCCCCGGCCCGCGCCCCUUCCCUCCCCGCUCCCUGCCGGGGGGGCUUGCGGCGCUUCCCUCUGGAUGCGUCCCCGCAGCCCCGGGCGGGAGGCGGCCAGGGGGAAGCGCUGCCUCCGAGGAUUUACCGCCGCCUGGGACUCGGACCCGCGCCGCCGCCGCCCCCUUCCCCGCGGGGCCACCCGGCGCCCCGGCUCCGCCGCCGCUCCAGGCCGCCGCCAUGGACGAGAAGUACCUGCCCGAGCUGAUGGCGGAGAAGGACUCGCUGGACCCGUCUUUCACCCACGCCCUGCGGCUGGUCAACCAAGAAAUUGAAAAAUUCCAAAAAGGAGAAGGAAAGGAAGAAGAAAAGUAUAUUGAUGUAGUCAUCAAUAAAAAUAUGAAGUUGGGACAAAAAGUUUUGAUUCCAGUAAAACAAUUCCCUAAGUUCAACUUUGUGGGAAAACUUUUGGGUCCACGUGGCAAUUCUCUAAAGCGUUUACAGGAAGAAACACUGACAAAAAUGUCUAUUUUGGGAAAAGGUUCUAUGAGGGACAAGACAAAGGAGGAAGAGUUGAGAAAAAGUGGAGAGGCAAAGUACUUCCACUUAAAUGAUGAUCUGCAUGUUUUAAUUGAAGUAUUUGCUCCACCGGCAGAAGCAUAUGCCAGAAUGGGACAUGCAUUGGAAGAAAUCAAGAAGUUCCUCAUCCCUGACUACAAUGAUGAAAUCAGACAGGCACAACUUCAAGAAUUAACAUAUUUAAAUGGUGGUUCAGAAAAUGCAGAAGUUCCAGUAGUUCGUGGAAAACCCUCUAUUCGAGCAAGAGGAGUACCAGUUCCUGCUUUGUCCAGCAGGCUGUGUCUGGGAACAUCACUGCUCACCCCUGCCCCCACUACAAUGAAGUCAAAUAAGCAGCUGGUACCCUGUCCUGAGGAGGCAUUCUACAGAUUAGCCAAAACCAAGGGCCGUGGAGGAGUGCCUCCACCACCGGCAGGAGUACCGAGAGGGGCACCAGCACCCAGAGGAGUGCCUCCCAGUAGAGGACCAGUCAGUCGUAGCCGUGGACUUCUGGCACCCAGAGCAAGAGGAGUACCUCCACCUGCAGGCUACCGGCCCCUUCCACCACCUCCAGCACAGGAGACUUACGGUGAAUAUGAGUAUGAUGAUGGUUAUGGAACUGCUUAUGAUGAACAAAGCUAUGAUUCCUAUGAUAACAGCUAUAGCACUCAAGCACAAAGUGGAGCAGAUUACUAUGACUAUGGCCACGGACUGAGUGAAGAAACAUACGACUCUUAUGGGCAAGAAGAAUGGACCAACUCACGACACAAGGCACCUUCUGCAAGGACAACAAAAGGAGUCUACAGAGACCAGCCAUAUGCCAGAUACUGAUUGUACUGUCUGAUGUUGUGAAAUACCCAAUCUCCACCAGUCCUGUAUACUGUUCAAAGUAAUUUUUUCUAUGAACAAUCCCUUUUUAUUAAAUCAAAGUGCAUAAAAAUCUGAAUGGAUGGACUGAACUUAAAAUAUUUUGUCGAAAGAACAACCUGGACAGAAGGAUAUGUAAAACAAGGAACUUUGUUAUUUCCAAACUGUAUUUGAAAAAAUAGGUGAUCAAAAAAAUAACCUUUGAUUAACUAGUGUUAAACAAAAAAUAGGUUUACUAAAUAUGUUAGUCCAUUCUUUUAACAUAAGCGUAACCUUUUAUUUUAAAGGUUUUCAACAGUUUAGUUUUUAGUUUUUAUUUUCAGCCAUUUGCUAGAUUUUCUCUUUGCAAACAUGCGUAAAAAGGGAAGCAAAUUACAAAUGCAAAUAAUGUGGUAUUUUGUAACUCAAGUCUUGAAAUGUUCUGUAGUGUUAAGCAAAGUUUUACCCUUGCUUGAUACUAAAUAAACUUUUGAAAGAAAAUCAGUGUGUGUGAGAUUAAUUUUAUGCUUUAUCUUAUAAUAAAACUUCAUAAAUAGUAGUAAACAGGGAGAAAUGUUUAACAGUGAUCAGCAUAAAAGGCUCAUAUUAAACAUUGCGCAACUUCUUUAAAAAAAUGGUAUAAACCUAAAUAUGUAUAUAUAUACUCACAGUAGAUAUAAAUGCUGUUUAAAGUAUCCAAAUGGUAUGGAUCUGCUUGAGUGCCACAUUAAAUCAAAAUAUUUUUGUUAAAAAUGGUUUAAAAUAGCUAAUGAAUUUUCUGAAAAAGAUGUGACUAGUUUUCAUCUUGUUGAGCAUUUUUUCACUAGUGCAACUUUGGAAUUUUUAUGAGAAUUUUGGUACGUUAAUGACCACCUCGCUCCGUGCUGGAAGCAAUAAACACAAAGCUUUUAAAGACUUUCUGACUUGACUAAUUGAGGUCGCUUUCGUCAGAGACAGAGGAUGUGUAACCCUUAAAACGGUCUUCAUUUGCAAAGGAAACCCACCUCCUUGGACAGCCAAGAGAACAAAAACCUUAAGCUUCUGAUGCUUUGGAACUUCUGCCAUGUUAAUUAUGGACUACUUAGAGCAUUGUACUUGUCCGUGUGCCCAGACAACAAGACAGGCUACGGAGUAUGAAAAUCCUGUUCAGUAUUUCUUGUAUUAAAGCCUUAAAGUGUAUAACAGUAUACACUUUUUAAAAUAAUUGUAUAUUUAAACUCUUAAUUGUUUAGUGACGCGACAAUGUUUUAUUUGGAGCUCAAUAAAGAAUUUUCAUCUAAGUUCCUGUUACAAAGCAAUAAUGCAACCUCAUUGUUCCUUUAGUGACUUUUUUUAGCCUUAGCCUUAUGCAGCAAGUGUAAGAGAGUGUGUGAAGUCUCAUGACUAGAAUUUAAAUGCCUUUGGAAGUAGCUUGUCUAACAUAUGAACAACAUGGAUAAGUUAAAAUGAAGACUGGUGUUUUAUGCUGAAGCUUUUCUUAAUAGCUAAUUGUAAACAGGUCUACUCAAAACAAGACUCUUGGGUAGAAAUGAUACUCCAACUUCCAUUUCCUUCAGAAACUUCUAUAACAUGAAGGUGUUUUAAUCCCUGUCAAUUAUAAUAUGCUGCUUAUUCUCUUUCACUUGGUGUUUGAUGCAUAGAAAUGUUUUCUCUAAUAUACAGUCACAGGUUUUCUAGUAGUAGAGUCUUGGAUGAGGCUUUUACACCUUGAUAAAUCUUGUAUCUAGCAGUCAUGUUUCCUCAGUGCUUUCUGUUUUAUAUUAAUUGUGAGUGUGACAAUUUGUAACGGAAAUAAAAUUCUGAUAAUUUAA